AUGGCUAUAUUCGAAAAAUUGUCUCAAAUUAAACAUAUUCAAGAUGAUACCGAUAAUCUUGUUUGUACUCUAGAAAAUGCACAAAAUAUUAACAAACAUACAGAAUAUAUAUUGCGGGUUCAGAAGGGACCUAGCAAGGAGAACAAAUGGACAGUGUCUCGUAGAUACAGAGAUUUUGCAUCUUUGCAUUUAAGUAUUCAACAGGCUUACAUUGACCUUCCAUUACCCCCAAAGAAGUUAAUAGGAAACAUGCAACCUUCUUUCAUAGCUGAGAGACAAGUAGCCUUACAGCACUAUGUAAAUGAAAUUUUAAAAUACCAAAUAUUAGCAUUAUCAUUACCAGUAAGGAGAUUUUUGGAUCCUUGUAGUUAUCCUCUACAUUUAGCUGAAGAAGCACUUCAAACAGUAUCCAUAGCACUAAGGGGAGAUGGUCAAUAUGAACUUAAGGGUCCACUGCAUUCCAUCAACUGGAGGAUAAGGAAACAUUAUUUUCAUGUUGUUGACUCAAAAAGGACAAAUUGUUUACUUGCUUGGCAGAGUUAUGGACCAGAUAAGCAUUUACAUAAUAAAGAUUUACAAAUUGCUCUCAAGAGUAUGCAAAGUUUAUCACAUCCAUUUAUUGGUGAAAUUUUAACAUUUCAUAUUUUGGAGAGUGGAGCGUUUGUAGUGAGACAAUUACACGAGAAGGGAACUAUGAGAGAUCUGCUGUAUGGAACUGAAUAUGAUAAAAGUUAUUUAGCAAAAUAUGGAAAUCCUAAAGUUAGAAAACCGUUUACAACCGGUCAAAUUGCUCACUACGGAUAUCAAAUAUUGCAGGCUCUGAAGUUUUUACAUGAUAAAGGAUUACCACACGGCCACGUCCACCCCGGUAACAUCGUGAUAGAGAACCAAAGAGCGCGACUUACGGACACAGAGAAUAUUCUGUUUGGCGUUGCGAGCGUUCACAGACCGUAUUUACGAGAACUGAGACGGGCCUCGUCGGAAGCUAUAGACGUAUACGGAUUUGGACGGACGCUGUAUGAAAUGGUGUACGCCGAAGUCCUGGACGGCUGUUACUGUGAUAAACUUGACUCGAAUGCAUUCUCUCAGUCGUUUGAUGAUUUAGAAUCUAUUCUGCACCUCACCCUCUCGAGAUCGUCGUGGAAACGGGGCGGGGCGACACUGGACGAGCUGUUGCAGCAUCCGUUCUUCAUUCGCGCCCUCAACGGGCUCGUCGAGAGAGACGUCAAAGGCCAUCUGAAGUUCCCUCUCACGCUAAAAGAGCAAAUCAAGGAGGCCGCGCUUAGGGUAGAGACGAGGCUGAAGACUGAUCAGAAGUUGUUGAGGACCGCACGUCGCGAAGUAAGGAUACAGGAAAUACUGGGCUCAGACGAGGAGAUGAAGAAGCAGCGACGAAGAGCGAAGAAAAGGGACAGCAUGUGGAAGUCGACGUCGUCUCUGGCGGAGACCGUGCGAUCUCAGUCCGCCAGCACGACGUCUUCGCCUACGCCGCCCGCCACCGCCCACUUUUCAACGACAGGUGACUCGAGUGGCGCCUCUCUCCCCGCGGCCUGCGAAGGGCGUGGCGCAUUGCUUCAAGCGAUUUGCUCCUUCAACAAAAAAUCGCUCGCUAGAGUCGGUUCGCGGUAG